AUGAUAUUUCCAUUCAGUAUUAUAAUCGUCAAAAUUGUUUUUCUUGCACUUAUGUCUAUAUCAAUUUCAAAAAGUGAUGCACAGGAUAGUUCAUCAACUAUGGAUAAUGCAAACACCACAACGGCUAAUGUAUUUAACAAUGGCACUACAACAAUAACCUCAUUAAUCAAUAAUGGUACCAGUACCGCAACUGUACCUACUGGAAGCACUAACACAACAAUAUAUAUGGUAACAGACAAUAGUAGUACAACAACUACACUGGGGCCAACCAGCACAACUUCAUCAACGAAUUCUACAACAGCAUCGACUAUGCCGAUGAAUUCUACUUUGAGUACAACAGCAUCGACUAUACCGAUGAAUUCUACUUUGAGUACAACAGCUAUGGAUGAUUCAUCAACAACUACACUAGGGUCAACCAACACAACUUCAUCAACGAAUUCUACAACAGCAUCGACUAUACCGAUGAAUUCUACUAUUGGUAGGAACUCGACGACAUCAAUAACUACAACGAAGACGAGCAAUGUCACAGCGACAACAAGAAAUCGUGGUAUUAAUUGCUAUUCAAACAUUGAACUUUCUAUCUUAAUUACUUUUUUCGUUUGCUUGUUUCAUUUCUAA